GCGCACGGCGGCCGGAUGGAGCGCUUGGUCCGUGUGCCCUACAGCUUGUACCCGGGCUAUGGGAACACGCUGCCUUUCGGCCAGCCUGGACUUUCUGAGCACAAACAGCCCGACUGGAGGCACAACAACGGUCCCCCCGCUUUCCUGGCCAGGCCGGGGCUGCUGGUGCCCUCCAACGCCUCCGACUACUGCGUGGACCCUUACAAGAGGGCCCAGCUUAAGGCCAUUCUCUCCCAGAUGAACCCCAGCCUGAGCCUGCGUCUGUGCAAGGCCGACACCAAGGAGGUGGGCGUGCAGGUGAACCCCCGGGUGGACAAGUCCGUGCAAUGCUCACUGGGGCCUCGCACCUUGCACAGCCGCUCCCCCUGGGGCAGCACGGGGCACAAGGCGCCCCUGUCAGCCUGGGGAGUCUAUUCGCCAGUGAUGGGCCGCAGGGGCCUGGUGCGGCUGCAGAAGGAUGGGGAAGACGAGGAGAGGAAGGCGCUUUCGGGUCCUCCCGAGGCCAGCCAGCCGCCGCCGCUGCCGCCACCAACACCAAGGUCGGAAGAGAACCAGCGGGAGGAACUCCGGCAACAGGAAGAGUUGGGGGAGGAAGAUGCCUCAAGUCCUCGGGAAAGGAAGAGCAAGCAAGCUCAGGGAGACGCCAGCGAGCCGCUCCGGAAGCCCAACUUCCAGUUUUUAGAACCAAAAUAUGGCUAUUUUCACUGUAAAGAUUGUAAGACCAGAUGGGAGAGUGCUUAUGUGUGGUGCAUUUCUGGAACUAAUAAGGUUUAUUUCAAACAACUCUGUUGCAAAUGCCAAAAGAGUUUUAACCCUUACCGAGUAGAAGCAAUCCAAUGCCAGACCUGUUCAAAGUCUCGUUGUUCCUGUCUUCAAAAGAAAAGGCACAUCGAUCUAAGGAGGCCUCAUCGGCAGGAGCUGUGUGGCCGCUGCAAAGACAAGAGAUUCUCCUGUGGCAAUAUUUACAGCUUUAAAUGCAUCAUGUGA